GGGCAGAGGGGCGGAGCUGGCGCGUCAGGCCGGGCUGGGUUAGCAGCCUUUCCCUCGAGCUAUAUAGACCGCUUGGGCCCGCAGGGGCCCCGAGGCCCCGGGAACGGCCUUGGCAGUCGUAGGCGGCUUCCAGCCCAGCCUCUGGGGCCUAGGAAACGGCUCUUCCUCGGGCGGCCCCCGCCCUCCCCACUGGGGCGCGCACCUCGCUCCCUGACGCAUUUUGCCGCACAGGCUGUAAUAUGGCGGCAGCGACGGCGGCCUGAACUCCGGGCAGCGGGGCCGAUUUUUUGAUGCUUCAGAAUCAUUGAAGUAUUGGAACCAUGGGAAUAAAGGUUCAGCGUCCUCGAUGUUUUUUUGAUAUUGCCAUUAACAAUCAACCUGCUGGAAGAGUGGUCUUUGAAUUGUUUUCUGAUGUGUGCCCCAAAACAUGCGAGAACUUUCGUUGUCUUUGUACAGGAGAAAAGGGGACAGGGAAAUCAACCCAGAAGCCAUUACACUAUAAGAGUUGUCUUUUUCACAGAGUUGUUAAGGAUUUUAUGGUUCAGGGUGGUGACUUCAGUGAAGGAAAUGGACGAGGAGGAGAAUCUAUUUAUGGAGGAUUUUUUGAAGAUGAGAGUUUUGCUGUUAAACACAACAAAGAAUUUCUUUUGUCAAUGGCCAACAGAGGGAAAGAUACAAAUGGAUCACAGUUCUUCAUAACAACGAAGCCAACUCCUCAUUUAGAUGGGCAUCAUGUUGUUUUUGGACAAGUCAUCUCUGGUCAAGAAGUGGUGAGAGAGAUAGAAAACCAGAAAACAGACGCAGCUAGCAAACCAUUUGCUGAGGUACGGAUACUCAGUUGUGGAGAGCUGAUCCCAAAAUCUAAAGUUAAAAAAGAAGAAAAGAAAAGGCAUAAAUCAUCAUCCUCUUCCUCCUCAUCAUCCAGUGAUUCAGAUAGCUCAAGUGAUUCUCAGUCUUCUUCGGACUCUUCUGAUUCUGAAAGUGCUUCUGAAGAGAAAUCAAAAAAAAGAAAAAAGAAACAUAGAAAAAAUUCCCGAAAACACAAGAAAGAAAAGAAGAAGAGAAAGAAAAGCAAGAAAAGUGCAUCUAGUGAAAGUGAGGCUGAAAAUCUUGAAGCACAACCCCAGUCUACUGUCCGUCCAGAAGAGAUCCCUCCUAUACCAGAAAAUAGAUUCCUCAUGAGAAAAAGUCCGCCUAAAGCUGAUGACAAGGAACGGAAAAACAGAGAGAGAGAACGAGAGAGAGAGUGUAAUGCACCUAACUCCCAGCCUGCUUCAUACCAGAGACGACUCUUAGUUACUAGGUCCGGCAGGAAAAUUAAAGGAAGAGGACCAAGGCGUUAUCGAACUCCUUCCAGAUCCAGAUCAAGGGAUCGUUUCAGACGUAGUGAGACUCCUCCACAUUGGAGGCAGGAGAUGCAGAGAGCUCAACGAAUGAGGGUAUCAAGUGGUGAAAGAUGGAUCAAAGGGGAUAAGAGUGAAUUGAAUGAAAUGAAAGAAAAUCAAAGGAGCCCAGUUAGAGUAAAAGAGAGAAAAAUAACUGAUCACAGGCAUGUGUCUGAAAGUCCAAACAGAAAAAAUGAAAAGGAAAAGAAAGCUAAAGACCAUAAAUCUGACAGCAAAGAGAGAGAAAUCAGAAGAAAUUCAGAAAAAGAAGAAAAAUAUAAUAAAAACAAAGUGAAGAAAAGGGCCAAAUCUAAAAGUAGAAGUAAGAGCAAAGAGAAAUCAAAGAGUAAGGAAAGAGAUUCAAAACACAACAGACAUGAGGAGAAGAGGUUGAGGUCAAGGAGCAAAGAAAGGGAUCAUGAGAAUGUUAAAGAAAAAGAAAAGCAACCUGAUUCUAAAGGAAAAGACCAGGAAAGGAGCAGAAGUAAAGAGAAGUCUAAGCAAAUAGAAUCCAAAAGUAAUGAGCACGAUCAUAGUAAAAGUAAAGAAAAGGAUAGACGUGCACAGUCCAGGAGUAGAGAACGUGAUGUGACUAAAGGUAAACACAGUUACAAUAGUAGAACAAGGGAACGGAGCAGAAGUAGGGACCGGAGCAGAAGAGUGCGAUCCAGAAGCCAUGACAGAGAUCGCAGCAGAAGCAAGGAAUACCAUAGACACAGAGAGGAGUACAGGAGAAGAGGAAGGUCACGAAGCCGAGACAGAAGAGGAACACCAGGAAGAUCGAGAAGUAAAGAUAGGAGGAGGAGGAGGAGAGAUUCUCGGAGCUCAGAGAGAGAAGAAAGUCAAAGCAGAAACAAGGACAAACAUAGAAACCAAGAAAGUAAGAGCUCACACAGAAAAGAAAAUUCUGAGGGUGAAAAAAGAAUGUACUCUAAAAAUCGUGAUCAUAAUAGCUCAAAUAGUAACAGGGAAAAAAAGGCUGAUAGAGAUCAAAGUCCAUUCUCAAAAAUAAAGCAGAACAGCCAAGACAGUGAAUUAAAAUCUUCCACAUUGAAAAAUAAGGAGGAUGAGAAGACCAGAUCCUCAGUGGAAAAUGAAAACCAAAAAUCAAAGUCUCAAGAAAAUGACCAUGUACAUGAUAAAAACAAAAAAUUUGAUCAUGAAUCAAGCCCUGGAACAGAUGAAGACAAAAGUGGAUGAGUGAGUUGUGUAAAUUUAUUUCCUUUCUGUCUCAAAAUUUAAGUUUUAGAGACUUGGCUGGUGAAUAUCCUUUAUGUUGUUUUCAUUGUUUUUUUGGGUUAUUUUAUGUCUUUUUUUGGUUUUGUUUUUUUUUUUUUAAUGUGGACUUCAUUGAGUUGAUCUUUUGAUAAUCUGCAACCUGGAUAAUUUGUACUGGAUAAUUUGUACUGCUAAAGUUUUAAUAAACUUGAAAUGAGAAAAACAUUUUGGUGUAACAUUGUGUGCUGUGUUGAACUAUUUUAUGUAUGCAUUUUUGUGUUGCAACAGUCAGCAGCAUCCUGAUUUGUUUAAUCAGCCAUUUGGAAACAAGCAUAAGUGAUGGUUGCACUUAAUUGUUUCAAAAGCUUGUGUUUCUUCAGAUUAAAGUAACUAGACGCUAGAGGAUAUUUUGUGUAGAUUUUGAAUUUAUAGUAGAGGCUUGUAGCAAUUUAUUUUGAUUACAUGAAAGUAGGGUCCUAAUCAUUUGAGAUCUUAAGUCAUCACUUUUGAUUUUAUAGUGAUUUGUGCUUUAAGAUAGAUAAAAAUUUAGUUAUUUGUCUUGUGUUUCAUACCCUCUUCAUAAUAUUUUUCUGUCUAAUUGUGUUUUACUUACCUUUCUAUAUAAAAAUCUUGAGAAUUUUUUUUGGUUGAUGUGCUGAUUGAGCUUGAAUUGCUGUUAUACAGCAUUUUACAGGAAGAUCAGAUUGUAAUUCUCAAUUUUUUGUUUGUUUUGGUCUGAAGAGUUGAAAUUAUUGUUUAAUGAGAACAUUAUUAUUUUACUUUCUUUUCCUAAAAUUAAAAAAAAGUUCUCAAUAAAACAUACAACUUCUCCAAGUCCUAAAGCUAGACAGAUUCUAAAAAUGUUAGUGUUGAUGCAUUAACUUCUAAGAUUUCUCUUUUUUGGCCACCAACCUAUAUAGCAUUGAGUGUUAACUCUGCAUGGUUUUUGUUUUUUUAAACUUGAAGUAUCUUCUUUCUCAUAGCUGUGAGUUUCAAAUGGCAAAAACAAAAAAAAAGCAUCUUUUCUAUAAGUGUAUGAUGAUAGGCUAUAUAGCAUGUUUAUGACUCUGGUUUCUUUCUAUUCAGGUGGCUUUAUGGCUUUACACCAUUACCAUUAACAUUAUUUUAACUCGGCAUGUGUAACAUUGCCAUGUAGAGUAAAAUAGAAAGUUGCAAAAUUUGGUAGCUCUCAGAGUUAAACACUGAACAUAUCCAAAGGCUAUUCAGAAUUUUUUGUGUUGUAUUUUGCCAUUUUUGUGAUUUGUGGCCUUUUAUUCUGUAUCCUCUCUUCUGAAUAAACAUUGAACAUACAGCAAACACAAAACCUGCCUCAUUUUAAAAGAAAUUUCAAAAUUCCAAUCAAUAGUGGACUAGAGUUUUGUACUUUAAUAUUUGUCAGUAUAGUGUUAACUUUAUUACCAAGGUAGGUUCUUGAUAACUUCAUUAGCUACCCAGUGCUAUUUGUACUGAAUAAAGUGAUGCUUAGCAUAAUCCUUCCCAUUGUUGACUAAUAUAUUAAUAAUCAUUUGGCAGUGUAGCUGUUGCAGAAUAGUAUAAUGAUAAGUUUGUUUGAAAUACCUUGAAACAAAUAUCUGAAGUGGAUUUUUUUCCAAAUUUUAUUUCCUAGUGAUAAAAGUAGUAGAUGUUUAUUAUAAUUCAGGGUGAUUCCUUAAGAACUGACUACAAAUCCACAUUAAGAAUUACUGAGUCUGAGAAUCCAAGCUGUAUGAUCUGUUGUAUGUUUUAAGUUGUUGUCUUAAAAAUUCAGUAAAUUGACUUUUAAAAUCUUUCAGAUUGUAUGUGCUUUAAGACAGGGACUACUUGACAGAAUUUCUGAUAACACAUACAUAUUUUUUAAAGUCUGUGGUAAGAUCCCAGAGCUUUAUCUGUUAAGAAUAUUGACAAGUACUUUCCAGAUUUUGAGUUUCAAAAAGUAGCCAUAGGGAGGAAAAGUAAUUCAUACGCAGGUGUUGUCCUUUUGGAGUUACCAAAAGAACAACUCCAUGCUAAGCGUUAUAUACAGGGACCUUUUUAAAAAAGCUUUGCUAGCUGUUUUCACAGAACAUAUCCGAAGGAGCUGAGAUGAGAAAGGACAAUCAACUACAUUUUAUUUUCAGAGUACAAAAAAAUUUAGAACAUGACUAGACAGAUCUAAUUGUACUUCAGCGUGUACACUUGCAUCUGAACAGCGCAAGGCGCAAGGGUCCUUUCCUUGUGUUACUCUUAGUCGUGCCAUCUUUAGUGUUUGCUUUGGACCUUGUCUGUCUGCCUGGAUAUCAGCCAUUUUCCCCAUCAUGCUGAUUCUUGUAAGUACAUCCAAAUUUAUAGCUCAUACAUGUCUUUGACUUAAUGUUCUUUAGUAGAUAUUUUCAUUUUUUAUUGCUUGAUGGGUGAUAGCUGCAAAAAAUUCAAUAUAUAGAGUUUUUAGGAUUAUUAUGUGAGUUUUUCUUUCUGUGUAAGUCAUCUGCCCCAGAAGCUGGAACUAGAGAAAGAUUAAUGAAUAUUGGAAAAAGCACUGGGUUGUUUAAAAGAAUUUUUAAUUACUCCAUAGUUGGCAAGUUCAGAGGUUAGGUAGCAUCUAACUGAUUGAAGCCUCAGAAACUGCAAAGAGCUCAGCAACUCUCUGCACUGCUGCUGACGCUUGUUGGGUUUGCUGAAUGGCCUUUGGUUCUUGUGCCCAGUGGAAGGUGUGAAACUAAAGCAAGAUUUUGUUAUGUUACAGACAGGCACCGAUUGGGUUUCUAGUAUUUUGGGAAAUAGUGAUAAAUGAUUAUAAUUUAUUUUCUAGUUAGUUUUUGGAGCAGUUUAGUAUGUUUUUUAGUAGUUGUACUUUGCUCUAGGUGGUAAUUUUCAUCACGCUUGAGCUUUUUUGUAAAUUUCUGUAGAAACUUUUUGGGCUUGCCUUCACUAGAAGGUACAUUAAAUAUAUACCGUAUAGCUAAUUGGUAAGACAAAAUGGAUAUUUUUCUGUCUUGUUUUGCUUAUGUUUGCUAUAGUUAUUCUCUUAGGAUUCAUACAUUUACAGUUGAAUAAAUUCUCCAUGGAUUGCAGGUUGAUAAACUGUUUUAUUGUGAAAAUUUGUGUUUUAUUACAAAUACUUGUUUGUGGGGAAAAAAUGCCCCAGGAAGUGCAGUGUUGGAUGACACACCUGCAGCAGUGGGCUUCCCAGCUGCCUUUAAGGGAUUCAGGUGGGGCAAACUCUGGCCUGUUGUGUGACAAAGAAGUAAAUAUUAAAGGAAAGGAAAAUUACAGAUCACAUGAAAAGAAUUCCGUUAGCAGGGUUGGAGGAGAGAGUUGAAGGUUUUUCUGGUUUUAGGUGUGGAAGGGAAUGGUGAGCUUGAUUUGUGUUUCUGCCCCCAUUAAAGCAAAUUACAUGUUACCAAAAGCACAUGCAGUAUAUUUUGUUCCUCCUCUGUGUGUUCAUAGUAUUUUCAAAGACUGAUAAAUGAAUUGAGUAUUUCUGUGUGUGGACAUAUUCAAAGUUGUGGCUGCUUUUGUGAAAGGGGCAAACAAGGAAGUUACUGCACUUCUUUUCCUAGCUCAGAAGUCACUGUGAUGUAUAUUUUUUUAAUGAAAUUUAGAAAUAAAAUUGUUGUCCUCGAUUGUAUAAUUAGUUUCAAAAUGCUGCUUCUCCUAUCAUUAGUUAGUAACUGUUGAACUGUUUUCUGCAAACUGCAUUUUACAAAAUUUAAACUUCAAAACUGUAUUAACUUUUAUAGUUAAACAUUGUAUUAAAUAAACUAUACUAUAACAAA